GGGACGGGUUCGACCGAUGCGAGUGCCGAAUGUGGUUGCGUUGGUGGCGGCUGCCCUGACUCGGGCGAGGGGUCGAUCACGUCUGCAGUCUCGCUGCAGACACGCGCAUGAUCAGAGGCGAUAUUGAUUAUCCAGGCGUGCGGAUCCUGCAAGACGGCCAGGCCAGCGCUGCGCCAGACUCACCGACAACAGCAGUGCCACGUGAAUAGCAACGGUAAAGUGAAGCGUCAAGUGAAGCCGUCGUCACUCGCAUGCCAUCAUCUUCCACUGUGUUCGGCGCCGCGAUUACGAGAGCUGCCUGGGGGUCGCCAGCUUCUUUUCCCAGCAUCAUCAAAACCAUUCACCCAUUUCAGUCUUCGCGCAGCUUCUGACACGCACACCAUCGCCGCCUGACGCCGCCCCGCUCAUCCCAAAGCAGCCGCCACCUGGACACCCCAUCGGCCACACCGCGGUAACCGUGCCAUCCACAGCUGACCGACCCUCUUCGCUGCUCUCGAGUUGCAACGACGCGGAGCCAAACGAUCUCGCAGUACUAGUCUCCGUCGCAGGCAAAUCCCCCAGGCGGGUGUGACGCUGCUGUUGCCGGCAUUCCAGACACACUGCUCCUUCAGGCGACUUGCAUAAGAGCUCGAGCAAGGACGUACGACCUCAGCAAGAAUUCUGGGCCUGAAGCCCACUGAACAGGCAACAUGACGCGCAUUACUAUACAAAUCAUCGCUCCGAACCACCAACUCGACCAGGAGCUCCUUAACCUGGACCUUCCUUCCGAACUCUCCGUCGCCGAUCUCAAAGGCUUCGUCACUGCAGAGACCCAAAUUCCCCAAGCCUCACAGCAGUUCUUUCUGAACAAUCAGGCUCUCCAAGACGACAGCAAGAGCUUAGACGCAGCGGGAGUGAAGGAUGGCGAUCUGAUUGCUAUGCUCAUGAGUCGACCACAACAGAACAACAUGGGCGCUCAACGGCGGCCUCAGCAAGGUGCCCGAGGGCGAGGCCCGCCAAACAACACGGAAGAGAUUGAGAGUACGCGUCAAAAUAUCCUAGCCAACCCAGGCGCGAUGGCCCAGAUCAGAGAACAACGACCAGCUUUGGCCGCAGCGAUUCAUGACCAGACCAGAUUCCGCGAGGUGUGGCAAGAGAUGAUCAGAGAAGAUUCGGAUAGAGAACGUGAGCGACAAGAGCAGAUGCGGCUUCUGAACGAGGACCCAUUCAACAUCGAGGCACAACAGAAGAUUGAGGAGAUGAUUCGGCAAGAGUCAGUGCAGGAGAAUCUCCAAUUCGCCUAUGAGCACAACCCGGAGGUCUUCGGGAGAGUCACGAUGCUUUACGUACCUGUUGAGGUCAACAAGAAGCCAGUCAAGGCCUUUGUGGAUUCCGGCGCGCAGACAACGAUCAUGUCACCCUCCUGUGCUGAGGCAUGCGGCAUCAUGCGUUUGAUCGACAAGCGCUAUUCGGGCAUUGCAAAGGGUGUCGGUACGGCACAGAUCUUGGGUCGAGUUCACUCUGCAGACAUCAAGAUUGGCAAUCAGACCAUGAGUUGCUCCUUCACCGUCAUGGAGGGCAAGGAUGUCGACCUCUUGCUCGGACUCGAUAUGCUUAAACGUUUCCAGGCCGUCAUCGAUCUUCGGCAGAACAAGCUCAUCUUCGGCGACGGCAACGAGGUCACCUUCUUAGGAGAAGCUGAUAUUCCCAAGAACUUUGAGGAAGCGCAGGCUGCGGAGCCAACCAUCAAAGGACCAAAUGGGACUGAGAUUGGGGCCAAAUCUGGCACCGUUCAGCCAGCUGGAACCGCUGCAGCAGCUUCCUCAUCAUCGCAACCAAAUGGCGGGUCUUUCCAGGGGCAAGGCCAGACGCUGGGUGGCGGUGCCUCAACACAGCGGCCAGCACCUGCAGCGCCGGCAGCAGCUCCGGCUCCAGCAGCGUCGUCUGGUCACUCUAAGGAGAAGAUCGAGCAACUGCAGAGUCUCGGUUUCUCUCGGCAGCAAGCUGUUGCAGCGUUGGAUGCAUGCGAUGGCAACGUUGAGUACGCGGCUGGGCUGUUGUUCCAGUCCUGACGAAUGAAGCGGUUGGAUCUGUCGUUGCCAGAUUCGGGGCACGACGAGAAUAUGAGCUGACGAGAUGGAUGGCUGUGAUGAUGACAUCGGAUACCCAGCUUUUUACGAGUGUAUGCGAGUAGCUUAGAGCAAGUAUCAUUAUCGCAACGCUGUCGAGGCUGUCCUUCCUCGGUGGCUCGGAAACGUUAGCUCGACGCAGCAUCAUCUUAGCUCAACACAGUGCAAAC